AUGGUUGGAACUCGCGGAUCAAGGAGGAAGAACUGGGAGCCAGACCUUCCUCCAGCGCCGCCACCUCCCACCUCUUCACGGUCGAAUUACAGCACGAACAGGAGGAAGAAGCACAAAGAGGCCGCACUUAAAGCAUGCGAAACGAGUUAUCGAGAGGAAGUGCAAGUGGCUGAGAAGUCGAAGGCUGAGGAGGAAGACAAGACUCGGAAGCUGAAGGAGAAGGAAAGGCGAGAUGCUGAAGAGGAGGCAGCAAAGAAGAAGAACAAGAAGGGCAGCCAAGAGGAAAGCAGCCAGGAAGAAGAAGGAGCAGCACAGCAAAAGAAACAAGUCGAGAAGCCAAGGAAGAGGAAAGACGCAAGGCUGAAGAGGAGGCAGCACAGCAAAAGAAAAAGUCGAGGAAGCCAAGGAAGAGGAAAGACGCAAGGUGAAGAGGAGGCAGCACAGCAAAAAAACAAGUGA